AUGUAUACUCAAUUUAAUAGGAAUAAAAAGAAGAAAAACGAUACUGAAUAUGAAAAAAUAAAUGAAGAAGAAGCUGCAAGCAUAUAUGCUCAAUUCGUUCGGUCGUUUGAGGGGAACGACUUUGAAAAAGGAAAUCAAUUUGUUAAAAGUGCGAAAGUGUUGAACCCGUCUAAGUUCGACUAUUUCCCAGAAGAUAAUGAUGACGAUGAUAAUAAAAAGAGGAAAAGCAAAUUCACAAAGGAUAAUAAUUUUAAUGAAGAAAACACGAAAAAACAUGAGAAACCCGAAACAAAUAAAAGUGGUUUAGGAAAAGUAAAGGAAAUUGAUAGUUUCUUAGAAGAAAUUAAGUUAAAGCAGAAAAUAUUGGAUGAAAGGAAAAUAUUAAAAGAGCAGGCCCAACUAGCUAAAUCUGAAGAAGAAAAAAUCAAAAUUAAUAAAAAAAUAAUAGAAAUCGAAAAAAAUGAAGUAAUUUUUUCUUAUACACAAAGGAAUGAAACAGUUGCUAAUUUAUAUCUAGGAAACCUAUCUGCAGAGGUAACUGAAGAAUAUUUAUGUCAACGGUUUGGAAAAUUUGGGAAAGUGAGCAGUGUAAAAAUAAUGUAUCCUCGUAAAGAAGAAGACAAAAAAAAAGGGAAAAUUUCAGGAUUUGUUUGCUUUGAAAAUAAAGAAGACGCAGAGAAUGCUAAGGAUGCAUUAGACGGAGUAGAAAUGUUUGGAAAACCUGUGAUAAUUGGAUGGAGCAAGGCUAUUCCGAAAUUUUUAAGCUUGAACAAAAAUGAAUAUAAAAAUAGUCAUUUUGAUAAAAAUAAAAGCUCCUUUAAUACAUCAAACAAAAGCAUUCAAAUCAUUUUACCCGAAGAUAAAAAAGUUAAACGAAUAAUUGAUUUGUUAGCGAAAUAUGUGACCGAAGAAGGAUAUGCUUUUGAAGAAAUAAUAAAAAAAAAUGAAAAAGACAAUCCAAUGUUUAAUUUUAUUUUUAACACAUCAGAUUUGCAUUAUUAUUAUAAGUGGAGAGUUUUUUCAUUUGCACAAGGAGAUAGUUAUAGAAAUUGGAGAGUAGAUUCAUUUCAAAUGUAUGAAAAUAGUUAUGUUUAUAUCCCACCAGUUCCAAAAAAUAAAAAAGAUAAUGUUCCAAGGAUAAAUAAAAAAAUGAAAAAUAAAAAGUGUGAUAUGGAUGAGAAAAAGAAAAGCAAGCUUAAUAGUAUUAUUAACAAUUUAAGCAAAAAGAGAAUAAGCAUAUGCCGUGCUAUGAUAUUUUGCACACGCCAUAGUGAUUUCAGCUUCGAUAUCGUAAAAAUAAUAUCUAGUUAUCUAACUGAUUUAAAAUACGAUUUACUAAAAAAGAUAAAUUUGGUAUACUUAAUCUCAGACAUUUUGUACAAUUGUAGUAACCAACUUUUUUCGUCAUGGGCAUAUCGGAAACAUAUGGAAGAAGCACUACCUCGAAUAUUUUAUUAUUUUAGAAAACACAUAAAAAAGUGUGAUAGUAAGAUAAAGGCAAAGUUAUUUUCCGACUCAAUAAUGAGUAUAUUUAAUAUGUGGGACACAUGGGCAAUUUACACUAUUGUUUUUAUGAAUGGAUUAAAAUGCUUAUUAUCAACUAAAAAAUUAAAUUAUAUAAAAAAUAAAAUGCAUGAUUCAGAAAAUGAAGAUGAUUUAUUAAAUGGGACAAAAAUAGAGUUUUUUGAUGAACUUAAAAUUUAUCCAUUAAAUUUAAGAAGAAAUGCAUAUAUAUAUUUCCAAAAAGAUGAAAACCAAAUAAAUCGGUUAUGUGAGCAACGAGGGUUGUAUUUUGAUGACAACUUUAAGAAAAAAAAAAAAAUUAAAUACUUAUUAAUAUAUGAUGACUUUUAUGGUUUCAAUACCAAUAAUGUAGGAAAUGGAAAAAGUCAUUUAAACGAAGUUGCUAUAAGUGACGGUAAUAAAAAUAUUUCAUCCCAAAUCUCCGAAACAAGUGAUACUGCUUUACAUGAAUAA